AUGUCCCGGCUUACUGCCGCUCAAAUCAUCGCUCAAGGCGAUUACCUUGAGCCCGAUUUCCAGCCUACAACUCUCACUAUCUCUCAGCUACUGGGCGUCCUUGGUUAUCACAAUAUCAUUUACCCGACUCCGUACUCGAAAGCGAAACUCGUCCAAGUUUUUAAUGACGAAGUCAAACGGCGAGCCGCAAAAUUCAAGAAGGAGAGGAUAAAGAAAGAGAAUAGUAUUGCGAGCGAUGAUGGAAUCAAGGAUGGGGUCACUGGCGAGUAUCUCAGCGGUCCUCCAAUCAUAAGGAGAUCCUCUAGGCGACUUUCACGCGCGCCUUUAAAUCUCGAUGACGAGGAAGAAUCACCACCUAAACCUGACCCUCCUAAGCGACGUCGUUCGUCUGCACAACCCAGGCUAGGCGGUGCCUCCUCGCGCAAAGCUACUGCUCCGCCUGUACAACCUGCUGUCCUUGAAGAAAGUGAACCUGAAGAAGCUGCAGAAGAUCAAGAACCGGUUCGCAAAGUCAAACGUACCACGAAAAGGGCAACUGCUGGGACUCAAAGUCGUCGGAUAUCGCAAGCCGAUGACAGUGGUUGGGAAGAUAACAAUAUCUUUCAGUCUGGUGCCGAAUCAUCUUCUCCUCUCCGACCUUCACCUGCUCGGUCCAAAGGCCGAAAGAGUUCUGGUCCAAGAAAAUCACGAAAGUCAAUGUCGGCACCGCCCAAUGUAUCUCCCUCUUCCUCGCCUGCGAAAUCCUCAUUCAUACCGACCUUCUCACCGCCUCAGUCCAAAUUUGAACCAGAGAUACCUGAGUUCGAUAACAGCCGCUUGAGCAGUCCUCCGCCGCGAACUUCAAGCCAAUGGAAAUUUGUUUCCAAACCAUACACUCCUCCUUCACGCUCAUCGAGGCGUCAAGAAGUUCAAUAUGAAGAUGUAGAAGUGCCCCUCCGCGAUGAGGACGAGCCACAAUCAUCUUUUCCUGACCCGGUUCCUAUGAAAUUGGUUGCGGAGCUUGAUCGUGAUGCUGGGGAAAUUUCGGAGAUCGAUCUUCCGAAUAUGGAGUCUGAAGGUUCGGACGAUGCAGACGAGCAGAACGCUGUGAUACAACAACAUAUUGCUGACGAAGGCACAAUUGUGAAGCUAUCCCGCCAGUCCCUUCUAACCGAGGACACAAAACCAAUGUCAGUGCUCAGUCGUCUGUUACUCCUCGCCCUUGUUGGGGUCGUGUCGUAUUUUACCUUUGAAUACAAGGAAGAGUCAGCUUCCAUAGGUUAUUGCGAUACCGGAAGUAGCACAAACCGCGUUCUGGAGGAAUUGAAAUCAACACGAUCCUUGAUUAUUGAAUGCAAUAACGAGAAUAGGACGACUCUCUACGACCAUGUCCUUGUUCUAGACUCUCCUCCAUGUCCGGUGGUUCCUAUUCCUCUGUAUCCAGAAUCAUGCACGCCUUGUCCGGAGCACGCUAUCUGCUCGGGACAUACUAUCGCUUGUGAAAAGGCUUACAUCUUGAAAUCACCCUUCUUACUCUCAUUCCUCCCGCCUAUUGCGGACCCUUCUAAAACGACUUUGUCUACUUCUGUCUCCCCGUCUGAUAUAGCUUGGAAAGUCAUAUCGAUUAUUUUCGAUGGUCUUCCCGGCUUCGGUAAUGUUGCAUUCCCUCCCAGCUGUGUCGAGGAUCCGAGGCGCAAAAGACAUAUUGGUGCACUGGGGAAAGGCAUUGAAGCAUUACUUGGACAGCAUCGUGGUAGCCUGCUUUGCAACGCAGAGGCAGAUAUGAUUAUUAAGGAUGUAGACGGCGGGGAAGCCAGAAGGUGGGGUAUGCAGGUUCAUGAGCUUAAGGAGAAAAUGCGCGAAGGAGUUGAUCCUCAGCACGUUUUGCCAAAUUUCGAUGAUUUAUUCAAUGAAGCUGUGCAACAACUCGUGCAAUGGGGUGGUGUCCUAAUUAGCGAAGAUGCGAAGGGCCAAAGAUACCUUGCUCACAAAACAGCUUCGUUGUCCUUGACUUGCAAACUUACUGUCAAAUCUCGCGAAACUUGGUCUGAAUGGCGUGGAACUGUUGCUGCCUUGAUCGUGGUAUAUCUAUUUUUCUAUGCCAGCUCUAGCCGCCGUUCAAAGAAGAAGAUUGAAUCCAAACGAAUCGCAAGUUUAGUUCAAAUCGCGAUCGAUGCUCUUCAGCAUCAAGAGCUCGCACAUUAUACCGAUCCAGUCAGCACCCCGCAACCCUUCCUUUCAUCCAUCCAGCUCCGGGAUCUCGUCCUUCAAGAAGAGCAUUCGGUCACUGUGCGCCAAAAGGUAUGGGAAAAAGUCGAGAAAAUCGUAGAAGGGAACGCAAAUGUACGGGCUAACUUGGAAGAAGUUUAUGGCGGUGAUGAAUUGAGAGUUUGGAGAUGGGUAGGUAGCACUGCUGGAUCGAUCGAUGGUGGGAGAGGUAUUGUUAAACAGAAUGAUAGCUUGGAGUUGAAUAGUCCCUCAAGUUUUCAUGAGGAUAUGGAGGAAAUGUGAUCCUUCCUUCUACGAUUUCUUGUCUGACUUCUUUCAAAUUAACGAUAAAACUAUACACAAUACCAAUGUACUUGUCGCUGUUGUACGACAUAUUUAACCUUCUCAGC